AUGGCUCGAGCCGCAGUUCUUAUGUGGCUCUUGUCGAUGAUGUUAGUCUCCAUCGACAUUGCACAAGGUUAUGGUGUAAAUUGGGGUGAAAUGACUACACACCCUUUGCCUGCUAAAAAAGUUGUUGCAAUGCUCAAGGAAAAUGGGUUCAAGAAAGUGAAGCUUUUCGACGCAGAGCCAUCGAUAAUGGACGCGUUGGCUGGUUCAGGCCUUGAGGUUAUGGUCGGAAUCCCCAAUGAUAAGUUGUCAAAACUUGCUAGUGAUUAUGGAAGUGCCAAAGACUGGGUGAAAGAAAAUGUUACCAGCUAUUUGUAUGAUGGGGGCGUUGCUAUCAAAUAUGUGGCUGUUGGAAACGAGCCAUUCUUAACAAGUUACAAUGGGAGUUAUGUUAAGACUACUCAUCCCGCUAUGAAAAACAUUCAGAAGGCCCUGUAUGAACAUAGCUCCGAUGUUGGUUCGAAAAUCAAAGUCACCACUCCCUUCAAUGCGGAUGUAUAUGAAUCCAAAUCAGACAAGCCAUCAGAUGCUCAAUUCCGAGAAAACAUUAGGGAUAGUAUGGUGCAGAUUCUAGGUUUCCUCAAGCAAGCGAAGUCACCAUUUCUUGUAAACAUAUACCCUUUCCUUAGUUUGGCCCUCAACAGUGAUUUUCCCAGGGAAUUUGCUUUCUUUGAUGAAAAUGGCAAGGGGGUUCAAGACAACAAUAUCCAAUACAAAAAUGUGUUUGAUGCAAAUCUGGAUACAUGUCACUAUGCCCUGAAAAAAGAAGGUUACCAGGACUUGGAAAUUGUAAUCGGAGAAGUCGGAUGGCCUACGGAUGGUGACAAGGAUGCCAACGUCAAAUUGGCACAGAAGUUUUACGACGGCCUUUUCAAGAAACUAGCAAAAGGGGAAGGAAGCCCUCUUCGGAAGGGAAGUGUAGAAGUGUACCUCUUUAGUCUUUUUGAUGAGAACAGCAAAAGUAUUGCUCCAGGAGACUUUGAGCGCCAUUGGGGCAUCUUUCGUUACGACGGGCAGCCUAAGUUUCCGAUGGACCUUAGCGGAAAGGGGCAAAACCAAAUGCUCAAGCCGGUGAAGGGGGUAGAAAUGCUGGACAAGCAAUGGUGCGUGUUAAACAGCGAUGUGAAAAACUUGAGUAAGGCAAUGAAAGAAAAGGACUAUGCUUGCUCAAAUGCAGAUUGCACAAGCAUUAAAAAUGGAAGCUCAUGCAGUUGGCUUGAACCGAGUGAGCAAAUCUCUUACGCUUUCAACUCAUUUUUCCAAUUGAGAGACCAAAGCGUGAUUGCGUGCAAUUUUAAUGGGAUGGGAACAAAAGUUACAGAAGAUCCUUCAAAAGGAGAUUGUUUAUUUCCGAUACAGAUAGAAAGUAGUGCUACGGAUUUGGUUGCAUUGAGUUUUGCUACAGGACUAUUGUUGUUCAUGAGCUUCUUCACAUUAAUGUAA